AUGUGGACUUCUGAAAGCACUGCUACAGACCCACGAACAGGUGAACCAACUUUCACCCUUUGCUGUAACCAUGGCCAAAUCAAGCUUCCACCGAUCAACCAGCCGCCAGCCCUGUUAGAAAAACUUCUUCAAGCCAGAUGGUUUCGAGAUACAAUCCGAGUCUAUAAUUCUGUCCUUGCUUUUACAUCCGUUGGAAUGAAAAUGGAUUAUAGUGUCGUCCACGCACCUGGUCCUUAUACUAUACGGAUCCAAGGUCAAACCCACCACAGAAUUGGCUCGCUCAUACCACGACAAGGCUGUCUCCCAGAAUAUCUCCAGCUUUACAUAUUUGACACGGCUAACGAACUCAAAAACCGCCUAAACGCGAUGGGGCAAACCUCAGCAGAAGGUAACCUCGAUGAGCCAACGUUAGCCCUCCUCAUCGAGAUGAUUGACGAGAACAAUUGUCUGGCAAAGAUCUUUCGUCGUGCACGAGACCACUACGAAAGCGUUGGGUCAGAGUUUACUAUUAGGUUAGUCCAAGAUAAAGGGAAGGGGAAAGAAUAUGAUCUUCCAACUACAAGCGAGGUGGCAGGUCUUAUCGUGGGGGAUAUAACAUCAACAAUUGGAGAACGAGAUAUAGUGGUUCAGUUUCAAUCUGACACUCUGCAGCAGAUACGUGACGAUCACCCUCUAUAUAUGAGCCUCCAAUACCCUCUUUUGUUUCCGUAUGGUGAAUACGGGUUUCACCCAGAAAUUCCCCUGCAUCUUGAGACAGGCACUUCAAGAACAAGGCAAUUCGUGACCAUCCGUCAAUACUACGCUUCUCUAAUCCAAACACGUCCUAACCAAGGAAUGACGUUGAUUAAAGGCGGUCGUCUCCUCCAUCAGUUUAUUGUGGACGUUUACACAGCGAUUGAAGAAGACCGACUGAGGUGGGCGAGAAAUAACCAAGAAAUCUUGCGGGCUGAGCUCUACAGCAAUGUCCUUGAUGCUGUAAGUAAAGGUGACACUGAUGCUAAAAUUAUUGGCCAGAGAUUUAUACUGCCCCCAAGUUUCACCGGAGGCCCCCGGUACUUGGUUGAGAAAUACCACGAUGCUAUGGCUAUUUGCAGAGAAUUCGGCAAUCCAGAUUUGUUUAUCACGAUGACGGCCAAUCCAAACUGGAGCGAGAUUAAAGAACAUCUUCAGAAAUACGGUGGAGAUUCUCCUAAUGAUAGACCGGAUAUUGAAUGUCGGGUUUUUAAGAUGAAGCUAGAUCAACUGCUCAAGGAUUUCAAAGCAGGCACUUUUUUCAAGCCAUAUAAGGCAGCUCUCCACCGAAUAGAGUUUCAAAAAAGAGGCCUCCCUCAUGCACAUAUAUUAUUGUGGUUAGGAAAUUCUACCAGAACACCAAGUGCAGAAGAAGUGGAUGAAAUAAUUUCGGCCGAGCUCCCCAACAAAGAGGAAGACCCAGCUGCUUACGACUUAGUCACGAAACACAUGAUCCACGGUCCAUGUGGACACUUCAAUCCGAAGUCACCAUGUAUGGAAAACAAUGUGUGCACGAAAAAGUAUCCUCGGCCGAAUAACGACAACACUUCGAUUGACAAAUCCGGGUAUGUGUUAUAUCGUCGACGCCGAAACAAAGAUCCGUGUACAGUAAAGGCUGGAGCUGUACUAGACAACACUUUCGUCGUGCCUCAUAACAUUAACCUUCUGAAGAAGUACGAAGCUCAUAUUAAUGUUGAAUGGUGUAAUCGGACAAGCGCGGUGAAAUACUUAUUCAAGUACAUAACCAAGGGCGUUGACCGAGCAACCGCUGUUAUUGAGAAAGGAAAUACAGCAACUACAUCCGACGCGACAGGAUCCGGAGGAUCAAAGGAGAAAGUCCUAAGGCAACGCAAUGAGAUCCAAGACUACAUUGAAGCCCGAUAUUUAUCAGCUUGUGAGUCUAUGUGGCGGACUUUCGCAUUCCACAUACACAAAAGAAAGCCGUCAGUUGAAAAGCUUAUCAUUCACUUGGAAGGCGAACAUAAUAUUACGGUUAAAUCAACAGACAACCUCGGUCGGGUAAUCCACAAACCGGGUAUCGAGAAGACGAUGUUCACAGAGUGGAUGGUUUUAUGCAGAAGGUCAGCGUUUGCCCGGACACUGACAUAUGUGCAGAUUCCUGAAUUUUUUGUCUGGAACAACAGUGCUAAAGUGUGGACUGAGCGUAAGAGAGGAAAAACAAUUGGCCGAGUCGUAGCUGUCCAUCCUUCGGCAGGCGAUCGAUACUACCUGAGGGUCCUCAUUAAUAAGAUUAAGGGUCCUAGAAGUUACGACGAGCUAAAAACAUACAACGACGUGAAAUACCCGGACUUCAAAUCAGUUUGCCAAGCACGAGGCCUUUUGGACGACGAUGUUGAAUGGCUCGAGAGUAUGUCGGAGGGUGCUCGAACGGCCAGCCCAUACCAGCUUCGUGAUAUGUUUGUCACAUUCCUAAACAACUGCUUCGUCGCAAGCCCUAAAGGACUAUGGGAACACUCAUGA